AUGCCUAUUAUUGGCAUGGUCUUUUUUGGGCGUCGCGAUCGAGUCAAGACUUUGCAUUGCUAUCUGGAGCGUAAUCUCGUGGAUAACGGCGGAUGGCUCGACGAGAUUGAAUUCAUCGCCAACACGGACAUCAAGCAGGAUUUGGAGUUUCUCGACGAGAUCAUAAAACGCUCUCCACGGUACAAGAAGGUGCUCCUUGAGAACCCUGUCUCGGGGCCGGAACAAACCAAACUUUGGAGAAACGUCAAGAGGGGGACGAUGUAUAUCAAGCUAGACGAUGACAUUAUGUGGUUGGCCGAUGAUGCGAUUCCCCGAAUCGUUACCACGAAGUUGAGGAAUCCCGACGCUCUCGCUGUCUCCGCAAACGUUAUCAAUGACCCUCCACUGAGCUUUCUACACUAUCACCAUGACGCCUUGCAUCCAUAUUUUCCUGAGAUCCCGUCAUCGCCAAAGGGCCGCCGAAAAAAAGCACCGGACAUCUCUGAUAACGGAUUCAUGAGGCGCUCGCUUCCCCCCUGGCGCCCAUCCAAGCAUCCGUUUUGGCAGGGUCCUGCUGAUUUUCAAUGGUCACUCGAAGACCAACCGCCAAACGACGGCCAUCGCUGGCUGCGCGUUCAAGACGACAAGGCUCUGAAUCGUACGCCAGUUGCUAAAUUAACAUACGACUUUUGGGGGCCGACCUAUGAUAGCUGGGCUAUUGCUGCGCAGCAGCAUUACUCGUUGCUAGAGAACAUCGAAAAGCAUACUGUUGACAAGUAUAAAUUCUCUCCUCCGUGGAACAUGCAUGGAGAGCGAAUCAGGAUCAACGCUCUCGCAGUAUUAGGCGAUGAUGUGCUGGACACAGACGUGCACAACUGGUCUAGUGAUCGCAGCGACGAAGACAUGCUCACAUUGGAUUUACCCAAACAGCUUGGAAGAAAUGUCCUAAUUGAAGGCAAUGCCCUCGUGUCACAUUUCAAUUUCAAGCAUCAAGACGCUCUUUCGAAAACGGAUCUUCUCGAUAGAUAUUAUUCGUAUGCAUCAGAAAAUAUUUGUGUCCAGCCGUUCCUAUCGCCUGUAGAAUAA